AUGUAUUGUCAUCAAUUGGUUUUUAUAUUGAUUAUUGCCGUUUUGAGUAGUGAUUACAGUCUACUUACUGCUGCUGAUCCAUCACCACCAGUUUGGCCAGUAGCUUUUCAAGAAACAUUUAAUGAAACAAGUACUCUACCAGUAGUUGGAACAAGUUCAAAUAUUCAUGGAACUUACUAUUAUGAUUUUGAUCAGAAAGCUAUUCGUAUUGAUCGUUCAACAGGCAAAUAUGAUCGUUAUUGCAGUUCAGUAAAACUUUUUAAAGAUGUUCCAUGUACUCAUCUUGUUGUCAAUGGUCUUCGAUAUCUUGUUUUUCCAACAUUGAAUUCAUGUUGUAUGUGUUGUACAUCAGAAAGUGGUUGUGGAAUUUUAAAACCUGAUUGGUUAUCAGAUGCAACAUUUAUUGGAUAUAAUACAACAGAUUCAGUUAAAUAUCAAGUAUGGAAUAAGAAAGGUCUUCAAAAUAAUUAUUAUUGGCAAGUUGAUGCUACUCAAGUACCUUAUGUAAUUGAUCAACAACCAAAUGAUUUAAUGGUAUUUGAUGUAAACAGUUUUAAAAAAGGUGCCAUAGAUCCAAGCAUAUUUGCCUUACCUUCAUAUUGUUCAAAAGAUCAUAAAUGUCCUGCCUUGUCUGUUUGCACCAUAGCUCGUUAA